CCUGUUCGAUUGCAGCCGAUGUUUGUUUAAAAUGUGAAGCUAUGCAAUGCUAAUCUGUCUACGUUGCGAUCAUAUCGUAUUCACUGACGACCAAGCAAGGCGUUUCGAUUUUACGGGUGGAAUGUGACAAUUGUGGAAAUAACUCAAAUUUGUGGCCAACUGCGUGGAUUUAGAGAGUGAAAAUUGUGACGCAGUUGAGUUAACAUCUUUGGUUUUCCCCCGCUUAGCUGCAUUGGCCAAACGCCUCUACGCCAUUUUCAAUCAUACACCUACACGUCUAUGCUAACUUGAGAGGUGGCGCGCAGAAUCCACUCGACGUUAUGAUUUUAAAUAAAUGCAAAAACGCUUGCAAUCAGUUGAGUCGAAUGUUGAGGGCAGAUGGCUUGGAAAGAGACGCUUGACUUUUUUCGAGGCCUGGGAGUUGUAGUUCGGCCUCUUGAAGCUGAGCGGUCCAGUCAGCGUAGAUAAUGGCGGAAAUGGACUACAAAUCCCAACAACACACCUCGCUUUGAUACUUUGUAAACUCCUUGCAAGUUGCGCGUCUUGCACUGCUAUUUUAGGUAUGCAGCUAGUGCUAGCUCGUUUUUUUCGUGCGAGGAUUAAAUCAACCACCGAGCACCGUUGAUGACAGCUUUUCAAUGCACAGAUUUUCAGCUGAAUUCCCACUUGACUACACUGGCCAGCAUCCAUAAGAUCCACCACACGUUGCACAGGCUGAACCUAACCGAGGACGUUGGACAGGACAGCCAAACAUCAGCUUGUUGCUCUAGAGCCAUGCCUCCUAGGAAAAAGAGGAGACCCACGGCUGGAGAUGACAUGUCAGCCAAGAAGAGUCGCCAGGACAGAAAAAACGACUCGCCAUUAAUCCAUGAGGAGGAGACAUUUUCCAACAAAAGAUGCUUGGAAUGGUUCUACGAAUAUGCAGGCUGUGAUGAUGUGGUGGGACCAGAGGGGAUGGAGAAGUUCUGUGAGGACAUUGGAGUGGAACCAGAGAAUGUGGUAAUGCUGGUUCUGGCGUGGAAGCUGGAUGCUCAGAGUAUGGGCUACUUCACCCUACAGGAGUGGCUGAGAGGCAUGAGCCUGCUGCACUGCGACUCCACUGAGAGGCUGAGGAACACGUUGGACUACUUGCGUUCUGUCCUCAACGACGGCACCAGCUUCAAGCUCAUUUAUAGAUACGCCUUCGAUUUUGCUAGAGAGAAGGACCAGAGGAGUUUGGACCUGAACACGGCCAAGUGCAUGUUGGGGCUUCUGCUAGGGAAAACGUGGCCCCUUUUUCCUGUCUUUAAUCAGUUUCUAGAGCAAUCCAAGUACAAAGUCAUCAACAAAGACCAAUGGUGUAACGUCUUGGAGUUCAGCCGGACAAUCAACUUGGACCUCAGUAACUACGACGAGGAUGGCGCCUGGCCCGUGUUGUUGGAUGAGUUUGUGGAAUGGUACAAGGAAAGGCAGAUGUCAUAGCUACAGCUGCAUAAAAAAAGAAAGUGGCAACUAAUAAACAACAACAAAAAAUACUGUGAUGACCCCAACAACAAGAAUCAGCAAUUAAACAAAUGAAAUGAUAACGCCGACGCUGGUUUACGGGGGGGGAAUGGAGAUUUUUAAGGGAGGCGGCAAGGUUAACUAAUGAUCACUACAUCCCGUCCCCUUUUGAAGUAUUGGCUCUCACUGUGAUGCGUCAUUUUAAAUAGCGGAUAAAGUAUUGUUGAGCUCCUCCCCCCUCCUGCUUUGCAUCAUUGGAGAUGUUCCAUCAAGUCUUACAAGUCCACUUGGACCUGAGCACAUGUAGACGAUAUUCAAGAAAAUAAGCUGUGCAGUGAGCUUUUCUGCUUGUGCAAGAAGAAGCACACAGUGGUUCCUACUUCAGGUUGCUGUUUACUUGUGCCAGUCAUACUUUCUACUUCCCUUCUGCUUCUGUUGUCUCCUCGCACCAAACAAAACCGCAAUGCUGCUAAUACCAGUCGCGCGCCCUCCUUCCUCACCUUUCAGCAUUUUAUCGGUUCUUGAUGGCCGAUCUAGAUUAACGUGUGACUGUGCCUCAAAACGGUUGGACUUGGCCGCAUAUAUGUACAUAUACCGGGAUGUGUGUGUGUGUGUGUCGGGGGGCAGAGAUUUCUUAAUCCAGCCUGUGUGGGCUGUCUAUAGAGCUACUUCUUGGUGUCCAUUUUGUUUGGUCUUCCUUAGUCCACCGAUAGUUUCUUCAGGUUUCCUCCAAUGAGUAGCACCCCUCUCGAUGCUGACAGUGUUCAAAGGUAAGAAGAACAUGCUCACCACCUGUAGGAUCUAAACGCCACACUGUCAGUUGUCAUAGCGCUACGUUCUUGUAUAGAUUUUCUGUCUUUGGCUGUGGUGUGACUGAAUUGUCCAAAAGAUUUGAAUAUUUGCAUGCAGCUCCGACAGCCUUUUCUUUUUUUGUUGUUGUUAUUGUUGUACAGGAAAUGUUUUGUGCUUAGAUUUGAUAUUCAUAAUCAUGUUUGUUAAUUUCCUAAUGGAACUCAUGAUUGUGUUUCGUAAGACCUGGAAAAAAAAAACACAUGUAACCUCACGGUGGAACAAGCGUUCACUCCUGCAUUGGCCCACAAAGCGAGGCGGCGUACGCCCGUCUUUUCCGUUGUUUUUUUUUUUUAAUUUAUUGCCAGUGCAUCUGUUGACCUGCACUUGUACAUGUCACCCCUGCUUUCACUGUAAAUUGAAUGACACGAGGUUUUGUGUAUAGUUUUAAUGUCUUUUAGUAUUCUCUCAUGUCAAUACAGGUUGAUGAACACGCUUGUACCAACUGUAUAUAUGUAUGUAAACUAAGUGUCUAUAUGUCGGUUUUCACUAUAACCUAUGUCUAUAUACCUAAAUAAAAAGGGUUUAUUAACUUAGCCCAGU